AUGGAGAAAUAUUGCGGCGAGGCUCUAGGCCUGUCACUGCCCGCCGCUCCAUCUAUCUUGAUUGAGUCUCUCAGGCCGACACCCAUGACCGCCAUCUUGAAUGAAAUAAUACGACAGAGGGAGCCAGGCACCAUCCGUUGGCCAUUUGAGAAUGAAAUGAUUUCUGCCUGGAUCAGGGGCAGCACGGACAAGCGGUUUAUCCCGUCCGGGCAGGAGACGCCGGUGUCGAGGAUCACCAAGCUGUGGCUCCAUGGUCUUUGGGGAUCGGGCAGGACGGUCGUCACAGCGUCGAUUAUAGAGCAUCUGAUCCGAGAGUGCCCAGCAACCCAUGCCGUUGGCUACUACUUUUGUGACCGAUCGCGCCUCCCAGCAAUCGACCCGCUGAAUAUUCUCCGAACCUUGAUAGCCCAGUUGGCUGGGCAGAACGAGAAUGCGUGCAAGCUGAUCGAAACUUAUCUCCAAGGUGGACAUAAUAUUGGAUUGCCCCCAGGAAACUUUGAGGCCUAUGGGCAACAACCGGCUUCUUCCUUAAACAUGGAUACCCUCGGAAAAUUACUUCAAGCAGUUUCUCAGUGCUUUGAGCGUGUUUCCCUCGUCAUUAACUCUAUUGAUCUCAUAGAUCCAGAGGCAGAGGUUGCCCUUGUCCGCUUGUUUGCUUCGCUGGUCGACAGUCCGGAAUCCAAACUUCACGUGUUGUUUAGUACCUCAACAAAAGGCCAACAAGAACUACUAGCUGCUGAGAUCAAUUGCUGUCCUAUUAAUGUCAAGGGCAGCGCUGAUGACAUCCGCCUAUUUACGCACGCUGAGAUUGCUAGGCGUAUCAACAGUGGUGACGCAUUCUUGCAACCGGAUCAUGUUCGCGGGGGGAUCGAAGAUUAUAUUGCUAAUUAUAGCAAUGGCGCGUAUGUUCCAAGCUCUCUUGUUACUUUGACAGAAGCAUAG